CCGAGGCCGAGACGCCCCGCGGCGCCCUGAGCGUCCGGUCGCGCCGCGGCUGCCCCGCCGAUCGGGUUCCCGGGGAGACUCGGACUUGCUGGAGACCUGAUGGCCAAGAGAAAGGAAGAAAAUUUCUUCUCUCCUGAAAAUGCAAAAAGACCAAGAUUAGAAGACUUGGAGGAUUUUGAUGAAGAUGAAUGUACAGUUUCCUUCACUAAUGGCACUUCCACUUUGACUGCAGCAGAAGUUGGAAUAAUUGAGAGUAUUCAGCUAAGAAAUUUCAUGUGUCAUUCCAUGCUUGGACCCUUUAAAUUUGGUUCUAAUGUCAACUUUGUCGUUGGCAACAAUGGAAGUGGGAAGAGUGCAGUACUCACAGCUCUCAUAGUUGGUCUUGGUGGAAAAGCAGUUGCUACUAAUAGAGGAUCGUCUCUAAAAGGUUUUGUGAAAGAUGGCCAAAACUCAGCAGAUAUCUCAAUAACAUUGAGGAACAGGGGUGAUGAUGCCUAUCGAGCAAAUGUGUAUGGUGACUCCAUAAUUGUGCAACAACACAUCAGCAUGGAUGGAAGUCGAUCUUACAAACUAAAAAGUCAAACAGGCACCGUGGUUUCUACUAGGAAAGAAGAACUGAUUGCAAUUCUUGAUCAUUUUAACAUACAGGUGGAUAAUCCAGUUUCUGUUUUAACACAAGAGAUGAGCAAACAGUUUUUGCAGUCUAAAAAUGAGGGCGACAAAUACAAAUUCUUCAUGAAAGCAACUCAACUUGAACAAAUGAAGGAAGACUAUUCAUACAUUAUGGAAACAAAAGAAAGAACAAAAGAACAGAUAAAUCAAGGAGAAGAGCGACUUACUGAACUCAAGCGCCAGUGUUUGGAGAAAGAAGAACGGUUUCAGAGUAUUGCUGGUUUAAGUACAAUGAAGACUAAUUUGGAAUACCUGAAGCAUGAAAUGGCUUGGGCAGUGGUAAAUGAAAUUGAAAAGCAAUUGAAUGCUAUCAGAGAUAAUAUCAAAAUUGGAGAAGAACGAGCUGCUAGGCUUGACCGGAAAAUGGAAGAACAGCAGGUCCGACUUAAUGAAGCAGAAAAAAAGUAUAAGGACAUUCAGGAUAAACUGGAAAAAAUUAGUGAAGAGACGAAUGCACGCGCACCGGAGUGUAUGGCACUUAAAGCAGAUGUGACUGCUAAGAAAAGGACCUAUAACGAAGCCGAGGUUAUAUAUAACCGUUCCCUGAAUGAGUAUAGAGCUUUAAAGAAAGAUGAUGAACAGCUUUGCAAAAGAAUUGAAGAACUUAAAAAAAGUACUGAUCAAUCUUUGGAACCUGAACGACUGGAAAGGCAAAAAAAAAUAUCUUGGUUAAAAGAGAGAGUAAAGGCCUUACACGAUCAAGAAUGCUCAGUCAAUCAAGAGAUCGAACAGUUUCAGCAAGCCAUAGAAAAGGACAAGGAAGAGCAUACCAGAAUUAAGAGAGAAGAAUUAGAUGUGAAGCAAACCCUGAGCUAUCAUCAGAGGCAGCUGAAGGAACUGAAAGACAGUAAAAGUGAUCGCCUUAAAAGAUUUGGUCCUAAUGUUCCAGCUCUUCUUGAAGCAAUAGAUAAUGCUUACAGACGUGGGCGUUUUACCCAUAAACCUGUAGGCCUCUAGGGAGCUUGCAUUCAUCUUCGGGAUCCUGAGCUUGCUUUGGCCAUUGAAUCUUUUAAAGGACUUCUGCAAGCCUACUGGUGCCAUAAUCAUGCUGAUGAGUGGGUACUUCAGGAACUGAUGAAAAUUUACUCACCAGGGACCUCAAGGCCACAGAUAAUAGUUUCUGAGUGGAAUGAGAUCUAUGAUGUGAGACACAGAGCUGCUUAUCACCACUUUCCAACGGUUCUCACAGCUUUAGACAUAGAUAAUGCAGUUGCAAAUAGCCUAAUUGACAUGCGAGAAGAAACAGUGCUCCUAAUCAAAAAUAAUUCUGUCGCUCGUACAGUAAUGCAGUCCCAAAGGCCACCCAGAAAUUGUAGAGAAGCUUUUACUGCUGAUGGUGAUCAGGUAUUUGCAGGACGUUAUUACUCAUCGGAAAAUACAAGACCUAAAUUCCUAAGCAGAGAUGUGGAUUCUGAAAUAAGUGAAUUGGAGAAUGAGGUUGAAAAUAAGAAAGCCCAGAUAGUAAAUCUUCAACAGCAUUUGUCUGCCCUUGAAAAGGAUAUUAAACGCAAUGAAGACUUUCUUAAGAGGUGCCAACUACAUUAUAAAGAGUUAAAGAUGAAAAUAAGAAAAAGUAUUUCUGAAAUUCGGGAACUUGAGAACAUAGAAGAACACCAGUCUGUGGAUAUUGCAACCUUGGAAGAUGAAGCGCGAAAUAAAAUCAAAAUGAAAAUGGUUGAGAGAAAUAUGGAACAACAAAAAGAAAAUAUGGAACAUCUUAAAAGUUUGAAAGUAGAAGCAGAAAACAGAUAUGAUGCAAUUAAGCUGAAAAUUAAUCAGCUUUCAGAGCAAGCAGAUCCACUGAAGGAUGAAUUAAAUCUUGCUGAUUCUGAAGUGGAUAACCAAAAACGAGGGAAGCGGCAUUAUGGAAAACAAAAAGAACAUUUGGACACUUUAAAUAAAAAGAAACGAGAACUGGAUAUGAAAGAAAAAGAACUAGAGGAGAAAAUGUCACAAGCAAGACAAAUCUGCCCAGAGCGGAUAGAAGUAAAAAAAUCUGCAUCAAUUCUAGAUAAAGAAAUUAAUAGAUUGAGACAAAAGAUACAGGCAGAACAUGCUAGUCAUGGAGAUCGAGAGGAAAUAAUGAGGCAGUACCAAGAAGCAAGAGAAACCUAUCUUGAUCUGGAUAACAAAGUAAGGACUUUGAAAAGGUUUAUUAAAUUACUGGAAGAAAUAAUGACCCAUAGAUACAAGACAUACCAACAGUUUAGAAGGUAAUGUUUAACUUUACGAUGCAAAUUAUAUUUUGACAACUUACUGUCUCAGCGUGCCUAUUGGAAAAUGAAUUUUGACCACAAGAAUGAAACUCUGACUAUAUCAGUCCAGCCUGGAGAGGGAAACAAAGCCGCCUUCAAUGACAUGAGGGCCCUCUCUGGAGGCGAGCGUUCCUUCUCCACGGUCUGCUUCAUUCUCUCUCUCUGGUCGAUUGCUGAAUCUCCCUUCAGAUGCCUGGAUGAGUUUGAUGUCUACAUGGACAUGGUUAACCGGAGAAUAGCGAUGGACAUGAUACUCAAGAUGGCAGAUUCCCAGCGCUUUAGACAAUUUAUCUUGCUUACCCCUCAGAGCAUGAGCUCGCUUCCAUCAAGUAAACUGAUUAGAAUUCUUCGAAUGUCUGAUCCUGAAAGGGGACAAACCACAUUGCCUUUCCGGCCUGUGACUCAAGAGGAAGAAGACAACCGGAGCUGAUUUUUAACAACAUGCCAUGUCCUCCUGUUGAAAGAUUUGUAAAGGGAAAAUAUUCAGGACUAUUUCUUGAAAUAAAAUGAAGCUGAAGAUAUUCUAAAAUAAAAAAACUCAUUUAUAUAUCUUACCCUAGUAUACAAUAUGUAAAUAAGCCUAGAAAACCAACUACAACCAGCAAUUUAAAGUUACUAUUACUUUACUUUGAGAAAAUCAGUUUCAUAGUACUGGUUUUAAAUCUUUUUAAGUUUGUUUUUUUUUAACCAUCUACUUUUAUAGAUUGUUUUUCAGAAGUAAAAUUUUGUACAUAUGCACAUGUACAUACUGUUUAGUUUGGGUUCAUUUCUAUAGUGUUUUGUAAGAAUUAAAAUAAAAGUCUGAGCUCCUGAUUCUAUUCAGUUUUGCUUCCCAGAACUGUGUUCUCGUUGCAGGGACAGGGCACAGCGGACAUCUGGUCUGGUUUGUGCUUAUUGAUCGUGAUGGGCCUACACAGGCUGAAAGCUCUUUGAACAGAAUCCCCGCACAGGUAGUUUUUAACCCCAGAGAUCCAACUGUAGAUUUGGACUGUACUUUUAAUUAUUUCAUCAAUAUGAGAUGCUGUCUCUUUAUAAGACUCUCCACAGAGUACAUCAGCACUGCCCGCUCCGACGCAGCACCUUCCCCCAGUCUGCUCACUGUUGUCCCCCAGCUCAGUGUCCCAACCAUGUCAGACCUAGAUUGUGACACAGGGCUGUGUGCCCUGCUCAGCAGCGGACUUGCCAGGUUUACGAUCCCUCUGGUAGCAUGCCAGGGUUCUCAAGCUCAGGCUCGGCUGAGAGAGGGCACAAGCCGGGGGACCGUGCAGGCCAGGCUGAGGAGUCGGGCUGGGAAAUAGGAGGACAAAGUUGGCUCUCCCUGGAGCAGGAAAGAAGUAGCCAAAGGCCGAGCUGUUCAUUGUGAGCUGACAUCAGUUAUAAGGCGCAGCCUGGCUUUAGAGGCAUUAAAAAGUGUGCUUUUCAGAAUGGUAAAAUACAGUAUAUUAAGAAAAGGUAUUUAUGAGCUUUUUUAAAGAAAGCAUGACUAGGGAUCCUGCCUUUCUGCUCUGCAUUGAUACUAAAAGACACAAUGGAUAUCCAUCAAGGAGCAUCCCUGUAGUGUUAGCAAUAAAUAGGAGUGAAAUUUGAAAAGAAGAAUCCUUAAAAAGGCAGUUUGAAAGCAGUGUCACUUGAGAAAAUCUGGAUUUUGGUUUUGGUGGGGAGAGAUAGUGUUGAGAUUAUUUGGCAAAGGCUAAGUCCAAAAACUUACACUUUUCCAAUCUAAGAAUUUUUAGAAAGAUGAAAUAUGCU